UGAUGUUUCAUGCAGAUGCGGCUUCAAUGCAGAUUGCUGAACGCUAUGAGGCUUGGCCUCAUCAAGUCGAUGCGCUGGAAAGGGCACAGCGGGAGAACAUCAUUUUGAACCUCCCCACGGGCACGGGAAAAACAUUGGUUGCGUGCAUGCUUCUGGAUUUCUUCAAAGCUCCUGGCUAUGUGAGUUGUUUCGUGGUCAACAGCCGGGCCUUGGUGAGUCAACAGGCGGAGUAUCUCAAGACGCAUUCGCUGAAGGAUUUGUUGGUGGGCGACCUUGGCCCUCCACAUCCCGAUGUGGUGGUUGCAACCGGCGAGGUGGUUCGAUCUGCAUUGGAGUCUGGUCAACUGCAAGCCCAGCAAUUGGCGUGUGUGGUGCUGGAUGAAGCCCAUUACGCAGUGGGCAAACAUCCCUAUGCCGAGAUCAUGGCGCUGCUACGCCACUGGGGCGCAUCGCCUCGUGUGCUGGGGCUCACGGCCAGUUUCUUUCAUGGCAGGGCCCGGAUGGGCUGUGAGCAACGGUUGGAAGCUUUGGAGCAGCUUUUGAAUGCCAAAGUCCACUGCCCGGAGGUGCAGGGAGGACUUGGAGCGUCCGUUCGCUUCUUCGCUGUGCCCUGGUCUGGCCGGAGUUUUGGACUUCAGGAGAUGGCAGCAUUGGAACAGAAGCUGGAAAGAGCCCUGGCUGAGAUGAAGGAUGCGAACAAAGGAAACAAACGAGGCAGUCCGUACGUGGGUGAUCCGGGUGCGCUGGGCACGUCGUUUGGUGAGUUGGGUGCCACUGCUUUGCAGAACGAAAUGAGUUCCAACUGGGAGUUCCAGAAAGUCCUGGAGAGUGAAAAGCCGCGCCUGAGGGGUGUGCUGGAAGCCCUAGGCCCAGCAGGGUGGUAUGGCUUCGUAUGCUAUGCCCUUCCGGAGGUGAUGAUGGCCAAGCUUCAAGGCAAACUUGCCAUCAUGGAAGAUGAGGCUGUGAAGUCCAACUUGUUGAAUGCCAUCGCAUUGGUGCGACCCUUCCAGCUUGCACUGAUGCAAGUGGAUUCUGUGAAAGAGCUUCAACGUAUGGAGGUGGAACAAGUGGAGCAAUACAUCACUGGAAAAUGUCUAACUUUACUAAAUUUGAUUCAGCAGCUUCUCGAUGGACAAAUGGACAAGAUCUUAGUCUUCGUGGAACGCGUUUCCGUAGCUUGCUGCAUGGCACGGCUCAUCUCUUCUCGAUUGGGUGUGCUGGCUCUGCAUGUGGCAGGGGUUCAAGGGAUGGAUGGGCCAACCAGGCAAUCGAAUUUGGCCUCCUUCAAAGGCGACACACGUUUGUUGGUUGCCACAUCUUCCUUGGAGGAGGGGUUGGAUGUACCUUCCUGUCGCUAUGUGAUCCGCUACGACUCCUUCAGCAGCGCCAAGAGCCAUGUGCAAGGUGCAGGUCGUGCCAGGCAUCCGGAUGCACAAGUCUUCUACUUCGAAAACGACCCGCUGGCGGAGGAAAGCGCGCGAGAGUUGUUGGAAUCCAUUGCACGGGGGGAACGGCCGGAACGACCUGAACAUCCGAAAGACCUGGGAGGGGCCAAAGUUGUCUCGGAAGGAAAGGAGGAAACCCUUGGUGCCCCAGGAGUAGGUGUCGGCCAUAAAUGGGGUGUUGAAUCCACCAUGUGGGACUAUCAAAACAACAAAUCCUUCCGUGGAAUGAGCUGUUCCUGUGGCGCCCGUUUGAAGAUCAGCAGCCGGGCCUAUGGCCAGGGCCGCAAGAAGAAAGAGCGAAGCUUCACCGUGGAAGGUCCCAACAGCUGUCCCAUGUUCAACGAAGACGUGGAUCCUCGAUUCCAUGGUGUGGAUCCGACCACGGGCAUUUUGCGGUGAGAUAAACAAA